GUGAGUCUCUUACAGGGGACUUGAGGCUAUAAAAUGAAGGAACUUACUGUAACCGGGACGCACUCUGUAGCUGGAGUUCCCUUUGUGAACUCCUUUACAGACAGCUCAGUCAGUCCAAUGCUUUAAUCAGUGUUCACGCAGAGAGAUAUCGCUUCCCUCUCAGUCCCGAAAACAGUGCUCAGGUCGCCGGGUAGAGAGCAGAGCCAUGGCAGGGGACGGGUCCGACCAGCGGGCGCUGCAGUAUGAACAAACUCUGAUGUAUGGCCGCUACACCCAGGAGCUCGGGGUGUACGCCAAAGAGGAGGCCGCUCGGCUGAGGGAGAGCGGGCAGAGACGAUCGGUCAGCGAUCGCAGCCGGACUCUCGAUUUGCUGGAGUACGACAAGGGACGCUGCGCCAAGUGUCGCAUCUGCACCGUUCGCUGUCAGAAGUUCCUGAUCUCGCGGGUCGGGGAGGACUGGAUCUUCCUCAUCCUGCUGGGACUCCUCAUGGCCCUGGUCAGCUGGGUGGUGGACUUCUGCAUCGCCAUCUGUCUACAAGCACAGAAGUGGAUGUAUGGAGGUCUGGACAGCAACGUGUUCCUGCAGUACCUGGCCUGGGUCACUUAUCCUGUAGUCCUCAUCACCUUCUCCGCCGGCUUCACACAGAUCCUCGCCCCGCAGGCUGUUGGUUCGGGCAUCCCAGAGAUGAAGACCAUCCUGAGAGGAGUCGUGCUGAAGGAAUACCUCACCUUCAAAACUUUCGUGGCCAAAGUCAUCGGACUCACCUGCGCUCUGGGCAGCGGCAUGCCUCUGGGCAAGGAGGGUCCAUUCGUCCACAUCGCCAGUCUGUGUGCGGCUCUCCUCAGCAAGUUCAUGUCUCUGUUUGGAGGAAUCUAUGAGAACGAGUCAAGGAACAUUGAGAUGCUGGCAGCAGCCUGUGCCGUCGGUGUGGGAUGUUGUUUUGCUGCCCCCAUCGGAGGUGUGUUGUUCAGUAUUGAGGUAACAUCCACGUUCUUUGCGGUUCGGAACUACUGGAGAGGUUUCUUUGCUGCUACCUUCAGUGCCUUCAUCUUCAGAGUCCUGGCUGUUUGGAACAGAGACGAAGAGACCAUCACGGCUCUUUUCAAGACACGCUUCCGGCUCGACUUCCCCUUCGACCUCCAGGAGCUUCCUGCCUUUGCCGUCAUUGGUAUUGCCAGUGGUUUUGGUGGGGCUCUAUUCGUCUACCUGAACCGACUGAUUGUCCAGUUCAUCAGGAAGCAGAAGGCCAUCAACAGAUUCCUCAUGAAAAAACGUCUGCUGUACCCCGCACUGGUCACUUUACUAGUUUCCACACUAACUUUCCCCCCUGGUUUUGGACAGUUUAUGGCCGGCAGGCUGACCCAGAAGGAGUCUCUGGUUACGUUACUAGACAACCGGACGUGGGCCAAACAGGGCAUCGCAGAGGAGUUUGACUACAUCGGACACUCUGCGGCCUGGAAACACCCACAGGUCAACGUCUUCGUCACCCUGGUCCUCUUCAUCGUCAUGAAGUUCUGGAUGUCUGCCCUGGCCACCACCAUCCCAGUGCCCUGUGGAGCCUUCAUGCCAGUAUUUGUCAUUGGGGCAGCCUUUGGUCGUCUGGUUGGAGAGAGUAUGGCAGCCUGGUUCCCAGAUGGCAUUCACACAGACGGCACCAUCUACCCCAUAGUGCCGGGAGGUUACGCUGUUGUGGGUGCUGCGGCCCUGUCAGGAGCAGUCACCCACACGGUUUCCACGGCUGUCAUAGUGUUCGAGCUGACGGGACAGAUCUCCCACAUCCUGCCGGUGAUGAUAGCAGUGAUCCUGGCCAACGCCGUGGCUCAGUCUCUGCAGCCCUCCCUGUACGACUCCAUCAUCAGGAUCAAGAAGCUGCCCUACCUCCCUGAGCUGGGCUGGGGACACCACGAGAAGUAUAAUAUCCGUGUGGAGGACAUUAUGGUCCGGGAUGUGAGGUACAUCACAUUAAACUGCUGCUACAGAGACCUGCACAACGUCCUGCUGACGGGUCACCUCAAGACCCUGGCUCUGGUGGAAUCAGCUGAGUCCAUGAUCCUGUUGGGAUCCAUCGAGCGUGCCCAGCUCCAGUCUCUGCUCUCCCAGCAGCUGGGUCGCCCUCGGCGGCUGGAGUACAUCAGGGAGCGGUCCAUGGCUGAGAAGAAGCGCAUGUCGGUGGUGUCAGACCCGGGGAGCGAGGACGGCAGCCAUCGGGCCAGUCAGGAGGUUCGCUUCCAGAUCUCGACUGAGGAGUCCACCUUCAGCCCUGUUCGUCCAGUUCCUCAGAAGCCGCUCAAACCUGCACUGAAGAGACCGUCUGUGGUGGAGAGACCCACCGAGAUACCCACCAGUCCUCAAGAUAAUUCGGGAAUUGCUUUAAAGAACCUGUUCUGUGCCAGUCCAGACGCAGAGGGCCUGGAGGAUGAUGGAGAUGUGGAGGAUGACAUGACGAUCAGAGAGAUCUCAGAGUGGGAGGAGAUGCAGCUUGAUGAGCAGGUCAACUUCAACAACUGCAAGAUCGACCCCGCCCCGUUCCAGCUGGUGGAGCGCACAUCACUGCAUAAGACUCACACCAUCUUCUCCCUGCUGGGCCUCGACCACGCCUACGUCACCAGCAUCGGACGCCUCAUCGGAGUGGUUUCCCUGAAAGAGCUUCGUAAGGCCAUCGAGGGCUCUGUGACAGUCAAAGGGGUCAAGGUGCGUCCUCCUCUCGCCAGCUUCAGGGACAGCGGCACCAGCAGCAGUGAGAACGAAGCCACCGAGCUCCACAAGCUGUGGGACCGCCACAAGAGCAUGUCACUGCCCCGCGAACACACCCCCUCUGAGUCCGACGAGAAGUCCCAGUGAGGGAAAUGAGAAAAGGAGGAGGAAGACGAAGAGGAGGAGUAGGUGGAGGAAGAGGUGGAGGAGGCACUGAGAUCUAUAAUCCCCCAAAGCCACAAACAUGCAAAAAUCCUCAGGGCUACGGAUCAAUAUUUAAUUCUGGAAAGAGUUCUACUGCUACGCCAGCCUCUUCGUAACUCCACAUUUCUCUCCUCAUCCACUUCUCUCUCUCCUUCAUCCACUUUGCAUCACAAGUACUUUCCCCAGGAGUCUUGCACUGACCAAGCCAGACACUCCACGAGGGAGUGGAAGACAACUCAACCUGUGCCCUGCUCUCCAUCUUCCCUCGGGAACCUACUGCAGAGCAAAUGUGGAUCAGGGAGAAUAAGAAAAUAAGACACACGUUGGUGGAAUCCAACAAAGGGAGCGGGAAUGGGUUCAAAUCUUAAAAAGGGAAUUUAUUUUCAGCAGAUUUUUUUUUUAGCCUGUGUAUCGUUAGAGUUUGAAUCUUAGUUUGGACCUGCAAACAUUUUCUUUUUGAAAGAGUCUUCCACUUGAGUAGAGAAAUUCAGAAACAUCGACAAGGAAGAAUAUUGUAAGAGUGUACUGUAAGUGUGAGUGAAGUGAACAAAUAUGUGUGUGUGUGUGUGUGUGUGUGUGUGUGUGUGUGUGUGUGUGUGUGUGUGUGUGUGUGUGUGUGUGUGUGUGUGUGUGUGUGUGUGUGUGUGUGUGUGUGUGUGUGUGUGUGUGUGUAAGCAUGAAGAGGGAGGUUGCAAACAUAGGGAAGUGUACUUAGGCCAGGUACAAGAACAAAAAUGACUCGAGGGUGUUUUUUAAUUUUUGCAUUUCGAAAAAUCUGUUUAAACGCCAAGAAUGAAACUGGAUUAUCAGGACAGGCGCAAGACAAUUUUUUUUAAAUCGAGACAAUAAAAACGUAUUUAAAAAGACUGAGAGAUCAAUUCACUAAGAAAGGCUGCUGACAGCACCAAGAAUUGCGUCUCAUUUGCCCCAAAUAUCUUUGCCAUCUUGAGGUCCACUUUGCUCAUUACAUUUGAGCACAAACACGUUCAGAAAUAGAUGACGUUUCUCUGCAGUUUGCUCUUGUUUUGGUUCUGAUUGUGAAGAUGAGCUGUCAGCAUCUCCACUAUCUGCUGCACAGAGCUGUGCUGUGUGCUAUCAUCCUGACAAAGCUCAAAUCUGUUCACAUACAGAUGAGGAAGGGUCUUAUUACGUCAAUUCAUGACACAAUUUGUGAUACAAAUUUUACAUUCCAUAACAAAGAUGGAUUAAGCUCUUGGCACAAAGCAAAAAUAUUUCCCAGCUCUUGUGAACACUCUUUGAGAUGUGGCUUAAGUAAAAUGCAUAUGGAGUAUGUCUAGGAAACAGCCAAUUUAGCCACAAAUGAAAUAUUUUAAAUAUGCACAAGCUAUUCCUCCGCACAGAGAUGCUAUUUCCUCUGCAGCAUAGAUCAGAGUGCAUUUAACCCUUCAUGUGCACUCAGUAGAUUUGACAGUGUGUUUUUGUCUCAUUUGCACGGGUUUAGCAACCCUGAAAGCUUCCCUAAAUGUCGAUAAAUUGUUGAAAAAUCAAGAAUAAAGUUAGACCUUUAGUGUGAGUGCAAGGCAUCAGAAAACAUAAACAAAAGGAGGGUAAAAUUUUGCAUUUUUGGAAACAUAGUCAAAAAGUUAUAGAUUCAGAGCUUGAUCCAAAACGUAGCUGGUGAUGGUUGAAAUCCUUUUGGAUCAAGCUCUAGAUGACCCUGACCUGGAUUACUGAGAACCUUCCAAAACAAAUAUUUUCUUACUUCAAAUUUUUCUUUUUUUUCUACCUGGCUGACAAGAAAUGCAAAAUUAGCUAAUCCACCUCACCUCUUUUGAUUUUGUACCUGGCCAAAGUACUCUUCCAUACGAAUGACUAUUUCUUAAUUAUUUGACUGUCUUAUGAUGAACACAUUCCAGUCUUUGUUUUCCAUUUUGAAUCGUUAUAUUUCCGGUUGAUCAGGUGGUCUGGGUUUAACUGGAAUUUGCCAUGGCGCCAUUUCUCUGUAAAUUACACUACAGUCGGUCCAGCUGAGAAGUUUGGACCACGGGGACGGAUGCCUUAUUUUUAUGUUUUAUUGUUUCUUAAUCAAUGCUCUUCCUCAUCUCUUCACUCAUGAGUUUUCUUGGUUAGAUUGAGAGUACAGUCUAUGCAAGCAGUCAUACCUGUAGGCAGCAGCAGAGGCACCUGUAGCUCUUUUCAGAAUGUACACUCCUCUCAUACUGUAGCUACAGCCUUACAUUACAAAGAGACUUUAGAAACGCACAAACAGGACAGUGGCGAAGCACUCCGAGAUUUUUCUGCUUAUCUAUAUAUAGCUCUUAAUAACUGCUUCUGCAGAAGGUUGGGCGGAUGGUGAGAGCAGGAAGCGAGGGAGAGACGGAGAACAGGGAGUAAAUGGAUGGCUGAAAGAACGAAGACAUCAUUACCUAACCAGCUGCUCUGGGCCCGCUCAUCAAUCCAUCUUUGAUUUCCCUGUUAGCCAACCACCAUCGCUAUCACAGACACAGUAGCACCCUCCUCCACCAGCUGUAUGAUGUAAUGGUUCAGGGCUGAUUUCUGAUCUUGUUGGUAACAUAUACAACACCCCAUGGCUUAUGUAAGGGGCCUGAUUAAUGCAGUUUGAGUGAUGUUUGGUCAGUGUUGCCAGAUGGUCGAUAUCAGUCAUAUUUGUGCAAUUAUUUUAACGCCAUGGUUGAAGAUUGAUUAUUCAAAAAUAUGCAAUGUGUACACUAAUCUUGGCAAGUAAAAAGAAAACACUCACAGCAGCAAUCUCAAGAGCUAAAAGAUGACUUCAGGGCCAACAACUGCAGUUCAUAUUUAUGACCACUAGGGGCUUCUUCAAACGUGAGUCAAUCUACAUAGAGCCCCAUUUUAAGAGGCCCAACUUCACACCAAAAGAACCAGUUUUGGUUUUUGUUGCAAAAAUGCCGAUCACUAGCACCUUCUUGGGGUGAAGCCAACCAUUAAUGUUAUAUUAAGGAUUAAUUACGGGUGUGGCCACUGAGAUUCAAAUAUAGAACAUUGGCUAAAAUCCUCUAGGGGCCCCCAGAUUGGCCUCCCAUGCAUUGCCAUUUGCAGCAUGUCACUCCUCAGUUUGUCUUCCCUGUUUCAGACUCGUUCCAACGUCACAUCCCUCAGGAAAGGCGUGGGAAAAAAAUGAAAUCAUCUUCAUAAAGAUAUAAUUUUUUUUACUUCACUAAAAUAUGAACCAAAGAGUCUGUGCUCCUUCUGUUUUAUUGUCCAGUGGAUUUUAGUAUAAUAUAAGUCAAGCAGGACUGCUGACUCAGCAUUUCCACGUAUUGUUAUCCAGUUCUUUAUUAUGAUAAAUUAGCACUUCAUGGCUGGUAAGGGUACCAUACCUGUUAGCUGCUGGAUCAAUAGUUUUGGUAUAUUUAUGACUUUUCCCUGCAUAAAAUAAUCUUUAAGUUACGUACAUGGGGCACAGAGGCUAAUUAACUAGCUUUGUCACCUGAGAGGUGAAAUGUUAUCUCAAGACACUUUACAAACAGAGCGCACUGUCGUUAACCAUGUAAUUUGCCUUCUUAUGAGUAUAGCCUUUGCCAGCUCAGAACACCAACCUAACCCAUACAUUGGAGCUUUUCUUCCUCUCAGUCAUUGGUUUAACUCUGUGUGUAAAGGGAAUAAUGUCCGAUUUUCCUUUGACGAUGGAGCCUGUGCAUCGGUAAUGUGGUGUAAAUUACAUAGUUUUCCCUUACAUGUAGUAUCAAGGCCCUUCCCAUAUUGUUUAAGUAUAUUUUACAUUUUUGGCGACAUUAUAGUAAUAAUAAGUUAAAGUGAUACUACUGAAUGUCCAUCUGGCAACAUUGAGCAUGUUUCAGCGAGAUUAACGAGCAUGAACACACAUUGAGAAAUUCACAGCAUUGAGAUGUCAAAAAUGAAAUUAAGCUAUUUACGAAGAACAUAUUUAACCAGUUAAUGUCCAAACAUCGUUAAAUUACAGCACCGUCCAACACGGUUUACAUGAAAAUGUAAAUCUGGACUCUUUAAUGUUUUACGUGCAGCCUAGUUUCUGGUUCAGCAAGCACUCCAACAUGACAGAUGAUGUAUACAUACUGUGUAUUUAAUAAUUCAUGUCUUCCAUAAUGCUUGAUGCUUGUUGGUACGCUCUCAGCUCAUCGAAAGAAACACAUUGAUUUAUUUACCCUCGCCUAGAGCCCUCCAUCUUUUCUUCCACCUCCUUUCACUCAUUUCAGCUACUGACCACAAAUUCAUUCUCCAAGACACACUCCUUUUUAUAUACUUUUGAUGCUUUUUUAAGACCAGGCGAGAAUGUCCACUACUACCUACUAGCUCUAUUUGGAGGCCUUAAAUAUGCACUCAUAGCCAGCUACAUUGUGGGAACUUAGCAUUUGUUGCAUCGCAUGGAUUUGAUUUUUGGUGGUUUCUUGUCUUGCUGCAUACCACUGAAAGUGAAGAACACAGUUAACAGCAUGGCUUUGCAUGCCAAGAGAGCAUGUAAGAUUUGUUUAAUAUGAUCAAAAUGUACCAAAAACUAAACUUGACAGAAGUGAUUAUGGGACGAAUGAAUGAUGUUUGCCAUAAUGUGCCUGUAUGUUGUUUGUCCUCACAGUAUCUUAUUUUAUACUUAAUGUUAGAAUCAUUUGAUCGGCAUCUUUCAUUCAUCCAAUGAGCUUUAUUCAUUGCCUGAUUUUGAGCUGGGGAUGGGUUAGCAAAUUUGUGCUCAUAGAUUAAUAUAUUUAACAUCAUCUCUGUAAUAUAAAAUCAUAAUUUAAUGUCUUAACCAAUCUUAAAUUGUUGACUAUUCUCUGUUUGAAAGAGAUUUGGGGGUCUGGUUUUAUACUAUGUGUUGUAUUUUUAUCACAUUUGAAGAUCGAAGGUUUGAUUUUAAUGCUGUCUUUUUUUAUUAUUGUUAUUUUUUUUAAUCUUUUGACAUGCUGUCUGAAACAUUUCUACUAAGACAAGUGCAAAUGACACUAACAGGGUGACGGCAGGAAUUAAUGGCCUGACAGGAGAGCAGAGAAACAAUGUAAACGUAAAGCAAGGGAAGAUGUUAAAGAAGAAUUAUGGACUUUUUAACUAGACUUUUCACAUAUUUGGGGUCUGAAUGACUGAUAGGUACAAAAAUGUCUUUAAAUGGCAUCUGUAGAUCACAACUACAAUUGCUGCAAUGAAUCUUGAAGGGGAAAUGUUCCCUAUGAAAGUACCAAAACCUUUAAAAAGAUAGACAUUUGAGUUAAAGAGCUCUGUGCUCUUUGAAACCAUAAAAAAUAUGGUUAUGAGUUAUUGUUGGUAGAUUUAAUGACUGUUUUCAUGCUAACCAGUCACCUUCUCUUGUCUUAAAAGUCAAAGGAUGGGUUUUUAAUCAUGAUUUAAUUGCAGAAUUUUUGGGAACACGUGUUUCCUGUGAUGCAGUGUGCUUGCAUUCAUGGUUGCACUCCAACACAGUACAUGGCAGUAUAAUGCCAAAUUAAAGAGGUGGAGGUGGUUCUUGAGGCCAUACCAGUUGAAGACCACUGACCUAAAGGUUAAAAAAAAUAGGAUGAGGGAUUUUUCGGACACAUUUCCUUAAAAGAUGACUUUGCAUCCACCACAGCUGGAGCUUUGUUUCCAGGCAUUGUGUUUAUCAGUUAUUCAGACCUCAUUAUAAGUCAAAUCGGGAUUCAUGUUUGUUAAAAAUACAAGAAUUCUCCUUUAUUGUUGACGAGACCAGCAUGAGGUGAGCUGGUGACAUGUCCAUUCCACAAGUGCCUGCAUCACUCCUCUUCCUCCUCAACAGAAAAAAAAGCAAUCCACAAGUGCAUGGUCUUGUAGUCUUACGCAUGCAGACAAGGCACUUUCACAUACACACACACGCACACACACACACAUAGAGAAAAUGUAAGCAGGGUGGAUGAUGUGUCAGCCCGGUGUGCAAUUAUCACCAUGACGACCUGACGUCGAGUCCCCUCUCCUCGUCUGCUCGCCCCAGGGACAGGCCAAGAUCCACUCGUCUGAUCUGAGUCUGUUCAUUUGUUUGUGCUUUUCAUCGAUUUUCAUUACUCUGCCGUCUGCUAGAGCCUUCCCCUCCGCAGACAUUUCAUCUCACUCCUAACAGACAGACAUAUACAGACGUGGAUGCAUAUUUAUUAGUGUGUAUUAAUCAAAGUAGAAGUUGUAAAUUUUUUGUCUCAUUCUUUUUAUGGACGAUCUACUCGUAGGUAAUCGACUUUGUGCAAUAACAGUUGUUCAUCUCACUUUGUAACCCAGUUUUAAUUGAUGACAUGAAUGCAAGAUAACCUUAUUUUUGUAAAGAAACCUGAAAAGUGUAAAAAGAUGUAUGUAUAUGAGGAGAAGUGACGCUCACACAGGAGCUUGUGUGUGAUAACGAGAUGUCUGAAUGACGGUUUAAGAGGGAGGGUUUCCCAGAGUCAGCAGGACGGAGGCUGUCAUCACCUUUAGGUGUUGUUAAUUUGUUCAAGAUGAAGAAACGUCUCAGAUUCCUCAUUCUGACUUUGGGCAACCUUCCCAAUCUGAUCUUAGAGGCUCUGUGGUGACUCCUGCUGCAUGAACUGUUGCUCUGAUACAAGCCCCUCCCCCCUCAGGCACUGAUGCCAAGUCAGUGUUAUCAUGCUCUCCUCUCUUUAAAUCUGAGGGGGUUUGAUAAGACCACAUACGCACAUCAGAUGUUGAGGGUUAUCUUUUAUCCACUCCUUAGGGCUCUUAGGGACUGUAUAUUGUACAUACUGGAGGCCUCUACGACAGUAAACCCACAGGGCCAAACCAGGCGGAGCUGAACAAAAUCCAGAGAUAUUUUUCACACAGAAAAAUGAAAAUUUGUUUUGUAUAUCAGGGAUGAAUAAAUGAAAUUUUAACAAACAG